AUGGAAAAGAUCACAGAGAAGAUUGCGGCAUUGCCACCAGACACCAAUUACUUUUCCCUCGAAUUCUUUCCACCAAAGACUUCAAUGGGAUCUUCGAAUCUGCGGGCUCGUCUUGAUCGAAUGUCUCGGGCAUUAAGACCUCUAUUUGUAACUGUUACAUGGGGAGCCGGUGGAUCUACUGCGACAAAAUCGUUAGAGCUCGCGGAAUUAUGCCAACGGGAUUUAGGUCUCACAACAUGUCUACAUUUAACCUGCACAAACAUGAGUCGAGCAUUGGUGGAUCAAGCAUUGGAAGACGCAAAGGCAUUAGGAAUUAGGAACAUAUUGGCUUUGAGGGGCGAUCCGCCGCGGAGUGAGGAAUAUCGUGCUGUGGAUGAGAAGAAUGGCGACACACCAGCGAUGGACUGGGAGUUUGAGUGGGCAAUCGAUUUAGUACGAUACAUAAGAAAACAAUACGGAGAUUACUUUUGCGUAGGAGUUGCGGCAUACCCAGAAGGACACGCCGAUGAAGGACAUCCCGAGGGACAGAGUCUCGAACACGAUUUGCCAUCUCUGGUGGAAAAGGUUCAAGCGGGGGCGGAUUUUAUCAUGACACAAUUAUUCUUCGACGUCGAUGCAUACGAUACAUUUGAACAAAGACUACGAGAUCACCCAAGUGGAGCAUUCAAAACUCUGCCAAUUAUACCUGGUAUGAUGCCAAUACAAAGUUAUCAAAUGAUCAAACGAACUACGAAACUUAGCCACGCGGUACUUCCUACGAAUAUCAUAACAAGAUUGGAUGAGGUUCGAGGAGAUGAUGAGAUGGUGAAGAAAGUAGGCGUGGACAUUUUGAGUGAAAUGGUUGAACAUUUGAAGGUCACCAAAUCUCAGUAUUCGGGUCCUCGAGGUUUUCAUUUCUAUACUCUUAAUCUGGAGAAAGCAGUGUCUUUCAUCCUAGAACGAACAGACCUCAUUCCGGAUGCCGAAGCUGUUGCAGCUUUGGAAUCAGAAUACACACCUACUAUUCCGGAUAUUGCAGAUUUGAUGUCAAUUCGCAGCGGUUCUCACAAACGUAGCUCCAGACGUCGGUCAUCGGUUGGAUCCGACCCUUAUAAUCGUAUCAUAAUCACUGCACCUCAAACCUCAAACCCUAGUUUUGAGGCCACAGCACAAGAAGCUGGUAUUCCAGCCGAGGCUGUGAAUUCUCGAGCCAAUACUCUUGCGAUUAGUGAAGGAGAAGGUAGUCUUGGUCGAGAAGCCACAUGGGAUGACUUUCCUAACGGUCGUUGGGGUGAUGCUCGUUCUCCUGCUUAUGGAGAGAUUGAUGGAUAUGGUGUUUCACUUCACAUGUCUAUCAAUCAAGCUAUUAAACUCUGGGGACAUCCAAGUUCUAGGGCUGAUAUUACCGACAUCUUCAUUCGUCACUUGGAAGGCCAACUCACUGCUAUCCCCUGGAGCGAAGAAGCACUUAACGAAGAAACAAACUCCAUCAAAAAACAACUCCUUAGUCUCAAUAAGAAAGGUUGGUGGACAGUAGCUUCUCAACCUGCAGUUAAUGGACUCAAAUCCAACGACUCAAUCUUUGGAUGGGGACCCAAAAAUGGAUUUGUUUUCCAAAAAGCCUUUGUAGAACUCUUCAUCCCCGCCUCUGAUUGGGAAACCCUACACACAAACCUCACAUCCCCCGCUCUUCGCGAUACGGUCUCCUUCUAUGCCUCGAACGCCAAAGGUGAUUUCAUAUCCAGCGACGAAGGUGUCGGAAGUACCAAUGCCGUCACUUGGGGUGCAUUCCCAGGGAAAGAAAUCAUCACUCCGACCAUCAUCGAAGAAGUUAGUUUCAGAGCGUGGGCGGAAGAAUCUUUUGGUAUCUGGGGUGAGUGGGCCAGGGUUUAUGGAAAGGAUAGUGCGACUAGGAAGGUCAUUGAUGGCAUUAAAGAGGAUGUAUGGUUGGUUAAUGUUAUUCAUCAUGCGUAUGUGGAGGGUGAGGGGUUGUGGGAUGUCCUUUUGCAGUAG